GUUUCGAGCUAGCUACAAGCUUCUUCCUGAGGAGUAGGGAGGAGGAGGAGAGAGCCAUGGGGAGCAAGGGAGUGGCGCUCGCGGUGAUGCUCUGCCUGAGCAGCGCGGCGGUGGGCGCAUGGGCUCGGCCGGUCUCCACCAAGGACGAUGUCAGCGACGAGAAGUUCCUGUGGCUGAAGAAGCACUUCGGCAAGGGGCUUGGAGUUGGAGGCGGCUUCGGGAAGGGUGGAGGGCUCGGUGGAGGUUACGGGAAAGGUGGCGACUUUGGCAGUGGUGGUCUCGGUAGGGGAGGUGGUGGUGGUCUUGGUGGAGGUGGCGGUGGCGGGUACGGCGGCGGAGGUGGCACUGGACUGGGCAGCGGUGUUGGCCAUGGUAUUGGUGGUGGGUUUGGGAAAGGUGGUGGACUUGGAGGGGGUGUCGGGCAUGGCAUCGGUGGCGGAUUUGGGAAAGGUGGAGGACUCGGCGGUGGUAUUGGCCAUGGACCUGGUGGUGGGUAUGGUAAUGGUGGAGGUAUUGGUGGUGGUAUUGGCCAUGGCAUUGGUGGUGGAUAUGGCAAAGGUGGUGGGCUUGGAGGAGGAAUUGGUAAUGGCAUCGGUGGUGGCUACGGAAAGGGUGGUGGUGUUGGCGGUGGCUAUGGAAAAGGCAGUGGUCUAGGUGGAGGCAUAGGUCAUGGUAUUGGUGGUGGGUACGGCAAGGGUGGUGGACUUGGAGGCGGCACCGGUGGAGGCUAUGGUAAAGGCGGCGGCCUUGGUGGUGGAAUUGGUCAUGGAAUCGGUGGUGGCUUUGGAAAGGGUGGUGGGCUUGGCGGUGGCUUUGGCAAUGGUGGUGGUAGUGGACUCGGAGGAGGAGGCGGUGGUGGGCUUGGUGGCGGUGACGGAGGUGGUUUCGGUGGUGGUGGCGGUAAUGGCAUCGGUGGUGGAUUCGGCAAGGGUGGUGGGUUUGGUUUUGGGUUUGGCAAAGGCGGUGGUGGAGGUAUCGGCGGCGGUCACUGAUACGUUAUUAAGUGUGUUCUGCAGUUCUGUUCACAUGAUCGAGCUCUAUAUUUGCCAUCGAUCGUGAUAAGUUGUGAAAGUUUGUAGUACUGUGUUGGUCGUAUUACUCUCUCCUCACUUGCAGAAAUUUGUUCCCCCACUUGUACGUUGUUAUCAAUUUGGCCAUGGUGCUACCAUUCGCAAUAUGUAGAUACCCCAUCUCCAUGCAUGGUUGGAUGGAAUUAUUAUCAGAAAUAUAAAUGAAGUUACGCAUGAUUUAA